GAUCUGCUUCACAUUGGUGUGCUGUUGUAAUCAACAGACAACCGUGCCCACCUGGGAGGGGGUGAAGAAGCGUGUGCUUGGCAUGCUCUGAUGCUAAGCUGUGCAAGUAAACAGUAGACUCGCUUCUACGGUUCCAUGUCUGACAUUUUUCUUGAGGGAUUUAUACUUAUUGUACAGUUCUCAUAUGUGUUUCUUUCUAAGCUUUUGUCUUAAUCCUCCUUCAGUAGUCAUGAAAUUGGGUUCUGAAUUAGAACCAGAGAAAGGCCACUACUACUAUGAAGCUGGUCCAGAAUCAUCUUCCCAGAAGCGGAGAAAGCCUCCUCUCAACAAAUAUGCAUUCGCCGGUGCUGUUUUGGCCUCCACAAACUCUGUUUUAUUGGGCUAUGACAUUGGAGUCAUGAGUGGUGCAGUACUUUACAUUAAAGACGACCUGAAAAUCACAUCAACCCAAGUAGAGAUCUUGGUAGGUUCACUCAACAUAUGUUCUUUGAUUGGAUCACUUGCCUCCGGUAAGACAUCUGAUUUAAUCGGCAGGCGUUAUACGAUCGUCCUAGCAGCAUCAACGUUUCUAAUGGGUGCACUUCUCAUGGGAUUUGCACCAACAUUUGCAUUUCUAAUGGCUGGAAGGGUGGUAGCAGGAAUUGGUGUUGGAUACUCCUUAAUGAUUGCUCCGGUCUACGCUGCCGAGCUCUCUCCCGCCGCGUCUCGAGGCUUCCUCUCUUCGCUUCCUGAAGUUUUCAUCAACUUUGGGAUUCUGCUUGGUUACAUCUCCAAUUAUGCUCUAUCAGGACUUAAUGAUAACAUUAAUUGGAGACUAAUGCUUGGACUUGCAGCAUUGCCCGCUAUUGUAGUUGUGAUUGGUGUUAUUGGGAUGCCGGAGUCCCCUCGUUGGCUUGUCAUGAAAGGCCGGUAUCGCGAAGCGAGGCAGGUUUUGGUCAAAACAUCAGAUAAUGAGGAGGAAGCAGAGUUGAGACUAGCUGAAAUUACAAAGGCUGCUUCAGUUCUAGGCUCCACAAUGAAUUUGAAAGGACAAGCUGUUUGGAGAGAAUUGUUGUUGAGCCCAUCUAGGCCCAUUCGACGAGUUCUCCUCGCGGCCAUUGGUAUCAACUUCUUCAUGCAAGCUUCAGGCAAUGAUGCUGUUGUAUAUUACAGCCCUGAAGUGUUCAGAGAAGCAGGAAUUCACAACAGGCAGCAGCUUGUAGGUGUUACAGUGAUAAUGGGCUUGGCCAAGACAACAUUUGUUCUUAUAUCUGCUCUUUUCUUGGACCACUUGGGGAGGCGGCCUCUUCUGUUAUUGGGCUCAAUUGGGAUGACAGUUUCGUUAGCUGUACUGGGCCUGGGCUCAAUGUACCUGGACCAACUAGAGACCAAGCCACUCUGGGCCAUUGUCUUGUGUGUGGUGGCGGUUUGUGCUGAUUUAUCGUUCUUCUCAAUUGGGCUUGGGCCUAUAACAUGGGUUUACUCAUCGGAGCUAUUUCCGACCCGAUUGCGGGCCCAAGGUUCAAGUCUGGCAAUAUCAGUGAAUAGGGUAGUGAGUGGGAUUGUGGCCAUGACAUUUCUUAGCAUUUCAGAGGCAGUCACAUAUGGGGGUAUGUUUUUAGGGUUUGCAGGGAUAAUGGCGAUAGGAACAAUCUUCAUUUAUUACUUUUUGCCUGAAACAAAAGGCAAGACAUUAGAAGAGAUUAGUGAUUUCUAUGAGGAUCAAGACCCUCAGACUAGUAAACCUCUCCUAGGUUAGAUUUGGAAUAAUUAGAAUCAAGACCCUAAAAUUCCUCUUCUUGUGUCUUUGAUCAAUAUUAACGUUAUCAAGGACAGAUUGUUGUAUGAUCUAAUUUCUACUUUGUUUCAGACCAAUAAAUCUCUUAUUCUUCCU